GGGCCGGCUUCCAAGAUGGCGGCGCCGGAGGAGGACCCGGAGCCGCUGCGCCUCCCGGAGCUGCUGGAGCGGGGCUGGCGGCUGCUGGAGGAGGCGGAGGGCGGGGCGGAGGGCGCGGGCGGCCCGGCGGAGCUCCAGCGCAAGGUCCAGGCCGGGAUCGCCGCCCUCGAGCAGGCCCAGCGCGGCGUCGAGGCGCUCGAGCUCUUCAGCGGGAAUGAGGAGCUGGAGGAGGUGGCCUCGCUGGACCUGCGCUUCCUGCUGGUCCCGGCGCUGCUGGGCUCGCUGGUGCUGAAGCAGAGCCCCUCGAAGGCCCGCCUGGAGCAGCUGGGGCGCGCCCGGGCCCUCUUCCUCCGCUUCCUGCGCCAGUGCAAGGCCUACGGGCUCCUGGGGCCCCGGCAGCGCCUCCCCCGUGAAGAAGGAGAAGGGGAAGCGGAGGAGCAGGAGGAAGGGGAAGGGGAGCACGGCAGGCCCUCCUCCUCCUCCGCCUCGGACCAGGCCACCCUCCUGGACAUGGCCACCCUCCGGAGGGAGAAGAUUGACCGGUACAAGGCCAAGAAGGACCUGGAGGCGCAGCUGGAGGUGCUGCGGCCGGCGGUGGAGGAGGGCCGGGCGGAAGAGGAGCAGGUGCGGCACUUCUACCUGCUCCAGAUCCAGCGGUGGGUGGCCAUCAGCCUGGAGGAAGUGGAGGCCAUCGACCGGGAGAAGGCCCUCCUGGAUAGGAGGGGGGGCCUCAAGCAGGGUCCGUCCCCAGAGCCCCCCGGUCGCCACCAGAGGCCCCCCGCCAUGAAGCCCUUCAUCCUCACCCGGGAUGCGGCCCAGGCAAAGGUCUUCGGGGCUGGCUACCCAAGCCUGGCCACCAUGACGGUGGACGACUGGUACGAACAGCACCAGAGGCACGGGGUCUUGCCGGAUCAGGGCCGCAAGCAGAGGCCCUCAGUCGUUCCGGAAGAGGAUCCGCAGCAGGAAGAGGAAGAGAAGGAGGAGGAAGAGGAAGGGGAGGAAGAGGAGGAGGAGGCCCUGCGGAAGGCCCGGCAGUGGGACGACUGGAAGGACUCGCACCCGCGGGGCUACGGCAACCGGAAGAACAUGGGCUGAGGAGGAGCCCUCAAAGGGGACACGGACGAGCUGGGGGGGGGGGCUCUCUUCCCCAUUGCCUUCUCCUUGGGAAGCUGUUGUCGCUUGCCGUUUUGUUAUUUAAGGAGCCAAAUAAAAUGCCUUGCUCUGUUUGUA